GGCGUUCCCGGAUGUUGCGUCGCGCCGGCCGCCUGCGAGCGGGGAGCGGAGCGGAGCGAGCCAACAUGGCGGCGCCGAGGCUGGGGCGGCCCUGAGGGAGGCCGGCCCGGAGGGAGGGAGGCCGCGGCACCCUCAGCCCAGGCAGCCCCGCGGCGCCAGCGGGGCCCGCGCAGCCGAGCGGCGGCCGAGCCGGCGGGCAUGGCGGGGGAGGCCUAAGGGAGGCCUCGGCGGUCCCUGCGGGUGAGGGACGGGCCCUUCCCGGGCCCAGCAGCCUCCCGCCCCGCCUUGGCGCGGCCCGGUACCGGGCAGGGGCAGCGCAGGAGAGGCCUCGGGCGCCCGGGGAUGGGGGCCUAGGGGCGGCCGCAGCGCCGUGGCCGCGGGGCCGAGCCGUUCCCCCGGGCAGUCUGCGGAGCCCCCGCCUCGGGCCGGCGGUCCCUCGCCGCCCCCCGCGCCCUGCCCUUCCCGGGGCUCUCCGCGGGCGGCCUUCCCACCGAGAGGCUUUGCAGAGGCGGGUGAGCCCCCGCCGCGGCGGCAUGCCCCGGUGACGGGGAGGGCAGAACCGAGCGGGGCCUCGGGGCGAGCGGCGGCGAAGCCUGGGCCGCUGCAGAUAACCCCGCUUUGGGGAUUUAGCGUUGCGUUUUGGGAGCGUUAAGCUUCUGGGAGACUAGAGGGAUUUUUGUGGGGUUUUUUUUCCUUCUUUUUUUCACUAUUUAAGACAAGUGUAGGGCAGCGCGGCCGUAGAGGCUGGGACAGAGCAGCCGAGCGCCCCGGUGGUGGGCCUGGCUUUCCAAGCAGGCUCUUUCCUGGGGGGUAAGCUAGUCCCAGGGAGCUGGCAGGGAGAAGACGAGUACUCUAAUUGUGAGGAAAGAGGAAGGAGAAGGUAUGGGCUGAAUUUUAAAAGAAUAACCCAGUUCAGAUGACCUUCUCUUGGCUUUUUUGUUAAGGUUUAUCACUUAACCCGAUCCAGUUUCUGGAGGAGUCGCUAUACUAAGAAAGCGAGUUGAGGUUUAAGGUGUUCCGAGCACCCUGCCCAUCGCCUAGGUUUGUGCGGGCGGCGUUCAGCCCUGCUGGUAAGAAGGGAACAGGGGAGUUAGUUCUUCAGGAAUAGUGUCUUUAAAAAAAGAAAUGGCCUAGAGAGCACAGGGUGAGUUCCGGAGUUUCCUUUUCCUCCUCCCAUGUCAAUAAAUUAUUAAGUAGAGGGGGGAAAAAAAGAAGGUUUUUUUGGGGAAAUUUGGGUUGCUCCUGGCAAGUCGACCAGCUUUAACACUGACCGCCGAUACCCGACUCUGGAAGUUUGGCUUCCCUGCUACAAGAGCCAUACGUGAAACUCUCUGUAGGAGCUUCCGUGGUUUUGUUGGGAGGCUUGUUUUAAAAGUCAAGGAGAAAAGGGGAUAGAAGACUUCUUAAAACACUUGUGUGGCCGCUGCUCGAAUCGUGGAUAUAAGCAGGACCAGAAGAGCUCCUCGCUAAGGAUUGCAGUGCUAAAGCAGCCCCCAGCUCGGUGCGUGCCGGCAGCAGCGCGAGAUGGCCGCCUUCAAACGGAGCCGAGCGCAAGCCUGGCCGGAGGAACAGGGCGACCGGGAGCACGGGCUCUACAGCUUGCACCGCAUGUUCGACAUCGUGGGCACCCACCUGACCCACCGGGACGUGCGGGUGCUCUCCUUCCUCUUCGUGGACGUGAUUGACGAUUACGAGAGGGGAAUGAUACGCAGCGGCCGGGACUUCUUGCUGGCGCUGGAGCGGCAGGGCCGCUGCGACGAGACCAACUUCCGACAGGUGCUGCAGUUGCUGCGGAUCAUCACUCGCCACGACCUGCUGCCGUACGUCACCCUCAAGAGGCGACGGGCCGUGUGUCCGGACCUGGUGGACAAGUACCUGGAGGAGACGUCCAUCCGCUAUGUGACGCCCCGGGCUCACAGCGAGGCAGAGCAUGGGCUCGGCCACCCCCAUAAAUCAGUGCCUCCCCACCACCCCGUGGUCUGCUGCUCCUCCGCGGGACCCCAGAUCUGUACCAAGAGGCCCGGCCGCGGCAGGACCCUCCUCAGCAGCCAGCGCAAGAGGAGGAAGUCGGCGACGCCGGACCCUAAGGAGAAGCAGACCUGUGACAUCCGCCUGCGAGUCCGAGCCGAGUACUGCCAGCACGAGACGGCGCUUCAGGGCAACGUCUUCUCCAACAAGCAGGACCCCUUGGAGCGUCAGUUCGAACGCUUCAACCAGGCCAACACCAUCCUGAAGUCCCGGGACCUGGGCUCCAUCAUCUGUGACAUAAAAUUCUCAGAGCUCACCUACCUCGACGCGUUCUGGCGCGAUUACAUCAACGGCUCUUUGCUGGAAGCCCUCAAGGGCGUCUUCAUCACGGACUCGCUCAAACAAGCCGUGGGCCACGAAGCCAUCAAACUGCUGGUCAAUGUGGAUGAGGAGGAUUACGAGGUCGGGCGCCAGAAACUCCUGAGGAACUUGAUGCUGCAGACGGCUCCCUGACGCCCGGCGGCUGCUCGGUGGGAUCCAAGCUUUUUCCUUCUCUUUAUUUUUCUGUUUGUGUUUUUUGUUUUGUUUUGGUUUUUUUUUUAAAAAAAAAAAGAAAAGGAAAAGAUGAUCGAAACCCCCGCCCGGACUGUGCAACUCUGGGUUUGGAGCCGCGGGGAGCACUGGAGACGUACGUGUUUCCUCACCCCUUUCCUGUCCUGUCACCUCCUCUCUCGCUUUUUCCUUUCUCUUUUAUUUUGUAUUCAUUAAAAACAACAACAAAAACAAGGCAAAAAUCCUGCCUGGGGCACGUCCGUGAUGGGGCUGGGUGAGCUGGGGGGCUCGGCGGAGGUUUGUACGGGGGUGGGCUCGGCCCAGUGGUGCCUGCGCCGGGUUUGGGGGUGGCGUUGUCCCCCUCCCACCCUUGUGUCGCUGUCCCUGGGGCCUCUGCGUGCUGGGGGAUGCCCCGUGGGCAGCGUCACCCCUGAUUCUCCCUCAAAGAACACCCCCCCCCCCCCCCCCCCAUUGCCUCAGUGGGUUUCUCAGGAGUAAAACCGUCCCCUUGCUGGGCUGUGUCCCCACGGCGUCCCCUGGACCAUGUGCCUUCGUGUCCCCCUCCCCUGCGGGGGCCGGGGGGGAGGACCAGUGCCGAGGGAUGCCCCGAAAUCUUCUGCCUGUCCCUUCUGCCUCUGCCCUCCCCUCUCCAGCUGGCAACUGGGGCAAACUGGGGCAAGGGGCGGGCUGGGCGGUGUGAUCUGCCUGUUGCUGGCAGCAGGCAGCCGAGCCUCUGCCUGCACGGGACGGCUUGGAGGGCGGCCGGCAGCGUGCGGUCCUUGGCCGCCCAGCCCAGGCGCCCCGGCCCGGGAGAGCCCCCAGAAUGGCUGUUCCCCUCCCCCCCCCCCCAGCUGCUGCCUGUGGCUCCUCAGAGGGGAUGUUUUGGUUUUCCCCCCUGCCCCACCCCCACCCCCCCAACUUCCAUCCUGGUUUUGUGGUGUUUUCUCACCGUCUCUGCUCGGCCGCCGGUGGGUGCGCACCCCCUCCAGGGUGGGGGCAGCCCCCCGGGACUCGUGGUGCUUGUGGCCCCCCCGGGGCACGCAGCCCCGUCCCCCGCUUACGGACAAUUCUGGCACAACUUGGUGUAAUUUCUGUGACUUCUGUAUUUUUUAAAUUUCAAUAUGACGGUCAUAUUCCCUCUGUAGCUUUUGGGUUUCUUGAAAUAAACAUCUACUGCAG